UGUGGUUGGGUGAAUGUGUUACAAGCGCGUAAUUUACUUACUGGACAGGUGGUCUGACAGGGAGUUUGACAGGUAUCAAGAGCGCCUGUCCUGACAGGUUUUCAAGUCCCAGUGAUGAACAUAGACCAGAGUGGGCUGUAUAUGUGCACUGCUCCAGGGUGCACUCAGCGUUUCCAAAGGGAAGAUCACCUGGUCAUUCACAGACACAAGCAUGAGAUGAUCCUUAAGUUCCCUUCAAUCAAGUGUGACAGCACGCUGUCAGAUCAGACUCCAACGCCAACACGCUUCCUACGGAACUGUGAAGAGGUGGGUCUCUUCAGUGACCUCGAACUUGACCAGACCACAGAGGAAGAGGAAGACACCAAGCAGAACUUUGCACUGCAGGGGUCGUUGGCACCAAGCCAGCCCCAUACUGGGAAACAGAGUCAGUGCCAGCCUCUUCCACACCCACCCCUUCCCCAACAGGCCCCUCCCCCUCCCCAACAGACCCGUCCUCUUUCACAUCAGGCCCCUCCUCUUCCCCAACAGCCCUCUCAACCCCAACCACCCCCCCAUCCACCCCAACAGCGCCCAGGCCCCACCCAGCUGUCCCACUCCCUGGCACAGUUCCAUGGGUGCGCCCUUCACAUGCACACCUCUCAGUCUCCACCGCAUUGCUUGAUGGACCUGCACACCUCCAAUACUGCCACCACGAGGUCAGCACCCAGCUGCCUACAUAGGCAGCAUAGCUUUGCAGAAGCCUGUGCAGUACAGGGGACAUCCGCCAUACAUUUAACUAUGGACCCAGGCAUCAGUGGGAUAGCAGGCCCCACCCCCUCUGGAUCAGAGCCCACCCCCUCUGGAUCGGGCCCCACCCACCAGACAUCAAAGGUCAUGCCAGUCCAGACACACCCUGUGGUUUCCUCUGGCAACCAGAACUCCAUGGGUCACAUGAUCAUGGGUCAGAUGAUGUCAUCACAGCAGCACAGGAGGGCGGGGCUACCACUGACACAUCUGCCAGCACUGUCUCUUCAUUCGUACCAGCAGCACUGCCAUGGCCAAUCACAGCUAAGACACAGUCUUCAUCAUCAAAGCCAAGACCUGUCACCGCACAGCUGUGCCCACCAUUCUCCCCAUGCACUCCUGCACCAAGGCCCCGCCCCUCCAACUGUCACUCACCUGACACAUCAACCAGUACCUGCACAGAUAUCUCCAGUUCCCAAAAGCCCGCCCUGCACACAUAUGCCCCCACAGACAAGUGCAGGGAAACGGAGGCAUGCAGCAGAUGAGGAUCCGGAUGAGCGGAGGCGGAAGUUUCUGGAAAGGAACCGGGCAGCAGCCUCACGCUGUAGACAGAAACGGAAAAUCUGGGUCUUGUCACUGGAGAAGAAGGCUGAGGAGCUCACACACACAAACCUGCAGUUGCAGAAUGAAGUGACUUUGCUGAGGUCAGAAGUAACUCAACUGAAGCAGAUUCUGCUGGCACAUAAAGAAUGUCCUGUGACCACGAGACAGAGAGUGUCACAGGUGGGCAGUCCGACAGGAAGUCCCACUCCAACACGCACCAUCCAACACAACAGCCUCUCAGCAUCCAGCACUACAGCAAACACACGCCUGACUAUGUCCUCACACUGUGCCAGCUAAAUGUGGUCCCAGUGUACCCCCACAAACAUACACAUCCUUUACUCUCCUUCCUUCAUGCCACUGUUAACUUCCUUCAGAAGACUUGGCGAAGAAAUUAAAACAUUGAAAUAGAAACAGUAAACAACAAUGACUGAACAUCUUGUGUGAAGCACACUUCGUCCAUAAAGUCUUGGUCCAGUGCAAAUGUUAUACGCCAUAUAAAGCUGACCCAAUCCUAAACAUACCAUUCAUAGCAGGUGAAUCUAUAGGAAAGUUUUCAAGUAGCUUAUCUGAGGCAGCACUUCUCAAAUGUUUCAAUGAGAGACAUGAAGUUUAAGAUAGUGGAUCCUGUCAGACUGUGGCAGCCUGGGUCAGACCUUCUGGAUAUGCCUCCACUCACUUUUCCUUCUGCAUUACUGCUUCCAGGGACAUUUACUCCUAUGGAUAAUGGAUGCGUGUGUUUACUGGCAGAUUCCUUAUCCCUCCACUUUAGCUUUAUCCACAUUGGCCACGUAGCUCAGCAUGAACAGCUGGGUUGCCAGACGAGUGCAUGACUAGAAGGAAAUCCUGCAUGUACCUGACAGGGGGGACAGAAUGAUGUAUGUGUGAAUGAUGUAUAUGUGAAUUAUGUAUAUGUGAAUGAUGUAUGUGUGAAUGAUGCUG